UAGAGAGGAAUAAAACCUGAAAUAUACUCUUUUUACGGAUAUUCCAACAAUACCCUCCGAAUAUUCCCUCUCUUUAACGGUUAUAUUACACACCACUCCCUCUCUCAUCUUCCUCUAUUCCAUUCUUCUUCUUCUUCACAACCACACUCUCAUACACAGAAAAUUUUAAUUUUAAUUUUAAUUUUAAUUUUUGUUUUCUCUGGUUAUUGAAAAUCGAUGAAAUUCGGGAAGAGCUUGAGCAGCCAGAUCGAGAAAACCCUACCGGAAUGGCGGGACAAGUUCCUCUCCUACAAGGAACUCAAGAAGAAGCUCAAGAACUUCGAACCUGCCGCCGGCGGAGAGGACCGCCCCGCCAAGCGUCUCAGGCUCGACGUCGCCGGAGAUAUGUCUAAGGAGGAGACAGAUUUCAGGAACUUGCUGGAGAAUGAACUUGACAAAUUCAACAAUUUCUUCGUUGAGAAGGAGGAAGAGUACAUUAUAAGGCUCAAGGAGUUGCAAGAUAGAGUGGCCAAAGUAAAGGCUUCUAGUGAACAGAUGAUGAAAAUUCGCAAGGAAAUUGUGGAUUUCCAUGGAGAGAUGGUGUUGCUGGAGAACUACAGUGCCCUUAAUUACACAGGGCUAGUGAAAAUUCUGAAGAAGUAUGACAAGAGAACUGGUGCUCUCAUUCGAUUGCCUUUCAUUCAGAAGGUCCUGCAACAACCUUUCUUCACAACAGACCUGCUCUACAAGCUUGUGAAGGAGUGUGAAACAAUGCUGGAUUACCUUUUCCCUGCGAUUGAUCUCGCAGCUUCUGGCGAGACAACUCCACAAGCUGAAGUGUUUGAUCCCUCAACUUCAACCACUACCAAGAGUGAUGGCUUGCUGAUACCUAAGGAAUUAGCAGAGAUUGAGUACAUGGAGAGCCUUUACAUGAAGAGCACUGUAUCGGCUUUGAAUGUUUUGCAGGAAAUUAGAAGUGGAAGCUCAACAGUUAGCAUGUUCUCAUUGCCACCAUUGCAGUUAAGUGGUGUGGAAGAAACAUGGAAGAAAAUACCGGUGCUGGAACAAACAGCCAAGUAAGUAACCUGCUGGGUUACUUCCAUGAGGGUGAUGUAGUGGAUUGAUAUUUUACACUUUCUUUUUUCUUUUAAAUCAGAAGCCUCUGUUAUGCAACAAGCCUUAGAUACUAACACAGAUGUAAGAUGCUGAAUGUAAAGAUGGAAUUAAUUUUACAGAAUUGUAGGUUCCAUACAAUAAAACCUCUAGAAUUAGAAGAAGCUAUGUUUUGACAUUUUGCUUAUUCAAUAUGUAAUGUAUUUAUAUGUUAUGUAUCUGCUUGAUACUAUAAACUUACCGGAUGUAUUUGGAAAUCA